CCUCGACCAGAAGGUGCAUGAUGAAUGAUCAACUAGCGAGAAGUCGGUGACACGCCCUGAAAUUCCAGCCAUCUCUAUGGGCAAUCUACGAACACGACGUUCGAGAAGCAGGAGCCGCUCCUGAGCCCACGUUGUCUUUAUUCCAGGGCCGUCCCUUGCUCACUUCCCACUUCACACCACCCCACACUGCUCUUCUCUCUCCCUCACCGUUCCCUUCGUAGAGAAAGAAGAGGCCAAUGGGGGAAGGGAAAGGAUCUACGCUGGUCCACAUCCUUGUAGUCGCCCUCAGCCUCACUGCCUUCGGCUUCGCCAUCGCUGCCGAACGCCGCAGGAGCACCGGUACCAUUGUUACUGAUAACUCCAAUUCUACGUUCUGUGUUUAUGAUUCGGAUGUUGCAACCGGCUAUGGAGUUGGUGCUUUCUUGUUUCUUUUCUCUAGUCAAUCUCUGCUUAUGGGUGUCACAAAGUGUAUGUGCUUUGGCAAGCCCUUAGCUCCUGGGGGAAGUCGAGCCUGGUCGAUUAUAUAUUUUGCCUCUUCAUGGCUGACUUUCUUGAUUGCUGAGGCAUGCCUGUUAGCUGGUGCGACAAAGAAUGCAUACCACACAAAGUACAGGCAUGUCAUCUAUGCUUCAAACUGGACUUGUGAGUCUCUGAGGAAAGGAGUAUUCAUUGCUGGGGCAGUCUUUGUGGUCUUCACCAUGAUACUCAAUGUGUAUUACUACAUGUACUUUACCAAAGCUACAAGUCAGGCUGCGCGUAAAACCACUAGGGCAAGCUCGACUGUUGGAAUGACUGGUUAUCCUUGACCGCAAGCAACUCAAACUCCACAGCUCUAGAAGUUUAUACGAAUGCUAUGUCUUCCCUCCUAUCAUGUAAUAUUUGAGUAGUUACCUGCAACUGGUUUUGAAGGGGUUGAGUUUGAUUCUGGUAAUUGUAGAUGCUUCAGUGUGUCUUCAGGUUGCUAGCGUGUGUUUAAUCCUCAUGUUUCUGCUUUUGUUUA